AUUCUCGCUGUUUCACUCCGUUGUUUGGACCGCGAUGAAAACGGCCCAAAUUUAAAGGAUUGCAAUCGAACGCACCUACAUGUCCAGCAGGCGGAACCGGAAAUGCCAGGUGGUUGUUAUCAACAAAUGAAAACAAGAGGCUGCGAUUGAAAGUUACAUAGGAAUAGUUUUCUACAUAUGUUCGUUAAAACUACGUUUAGAUACAGAUGAGUUGACCAUCCUGCUGGAAUAAUGAACCUGACACUGAAUGACACGUUAUCCAUAUGGACGCCAGGUGGCACAUAUGAGAUUCAGUUGCUGUUUGGUGACAUCACAAAACUUCCAAAAGAGGAUUCUGUCAACUUGAUCAUGGUGUCUGCAUUUCCUGGCGACUACUCUCCCUUGAGAGGAACUGUUAUUGGGGCGCUGAAGAGUGAGUUAGGUAUGAGUGUACGUGAUUUGAGUAGGGCCAUGGAGUUGGACUUGAGGAGACAGUUCCAUUGCUGGCUUUCUCGACCUUUGGAGGGACACCUGCCCUACAAAAGACUUCUCUGUUUUGAAAGGACAAGAGGUGAUUGCACCAUAGUAGAAGAUAUACGUCAGAUGUUUCGUGUGUUUGUGCCAGUACUCAACAACAAAGAAUCUACGGUUAUAACACCACUUCUUGCCACAGGACAUCAGAAUAAGAGUCCUGAGCAUGUGUUGUCCAUCAUGGUCCACUGUGCUGCUCAGUGGAUAAUGGCAGGUCUGCCGCUCAAGUGCUUCAAGAUUGUCAUCUAUGGCUCACCAGACAAAGACAUGAUUGAUAUUUUCUCCAAAAUUAAGACGAAAUACACAAAACUCAGUAAAAAAAGAAUGGAAAAAAGUAUGAACCAGCAGAUAUUUGACAUUUUUAUCAUGUUCCAAGAUAAGGAUAAAGCAUGGUGUAGGAAAAUUGAGAAAACUCUCAAGGAGAAGAAAGCUGAUAUUAAGAUAUGUGCCGAUGUCCAAAAGUUUGAUGAAGAUGAAGUUUGGCAAGAUCAAAUCUUCCAGAAAAUGUCAUCAUGUAUGAAAAUUAUUGUUUUGCUGACACCGAUGUUCGUGAGCAGUCCAGAAUGUCUAGAGCAGUUUAACAUGGCCAUGUGCUGUAAUCGCCUACGAAAGGGAAACAUUUUACAGCCAUUUUACAUACUCACUGUGGAAUCCAUGCCUGUCUACAUCACUCUUGUCCAGUACCAAGAUUGUCGGAUUCGAAAAGAAACAGACAAUGAGGAAUCCAAGAUCCAACAUGCAUGUUCAAUACUGGUCGAGAAGAUUUCAAACCCAGAGCAAGAUGCAGAGGAUGAUAAGACUAAUGUUCUUGACCUACCAGGCCCUACUAGGACCAAGAAUUAUGACGUUUUCAUCUCCUACUCUCAUAAAAACCCAGAUCAAGCUGGUGAUGUACUUAAGGAGCUUCUAGGGUCCAAACCUGAGCCCAAGAUUUUUUUUGACAGAAGUGAACUCACCAUGGGGAGUAUGUGGCAGAAGACGCUGUAUGACUCGGUGGAUGGGGCGCAGUGCGUUAUCGCCAUGGUUUCCCAGGCCUAUGUGUCGUCUCUGGUUUGUCAGGAGGAAUAUAACAUUGCCCUGUUACGACAUCUUAUAGAUCCGUCUAAGAUCCUGUUCAUACCAGUGUGUAUAGAAGACCUUUCCUCAGUCUCAGAUCCAGGUUUCUGUAAAGUGGACAUGGUGGACGGAAAGGGAGACAACUUCCCUGGUGUUAUUGAUGUUGUCACAAAAAUGGCUGUAAACUGGCUGCAAACUAGAAACAGUGGUCAUUUCAACAGACUUGAAAAAGAGUUAAAAAAUGUAAAAUAUAAAGAAGUCUUGGAGUCUAUCAGAACUAGAAAUGUAGCAAAAGACUACAAAUUAGAUCUAAAGCAAUUUACGAUAUAUAGAAAAGUUCCACUGCCAAAAAUUGAAGCCAGGCCUGAGGACCAGGACAAACAAGAAUGUGAUGUGGCUAUCGGCUUUGCUGGUGAUGCAACUUACUGUGCAAUGGUGAUGAACCAUGUAUUAGAUGAAGUCCAUCCUGGACUGAAAAUCAAAUUUCUUUGGGAACGAAACAAAUCACUUCUCCAAGACUUGGACACAGCACAUGUCAUUGUGCUCUUUCUAUCAGAAGAAUUUGUCAAUUCAGAGGAACAUAUGGAAAACCUUCACAUUGCACUUUGUCGUCAGCGAGCGCUGAAGGGGAGACGUGUUGUCCAUUUUGUCCAAACCAUGGAUUUACCAAGUGAGCACAGCUUUCUGAAACUCCUUCCCAUUGCUGCAAAUUUCAAAGACAAAAUUUGGUAUGACUUUGUCAAACAAAAGGGAGCGGACACAGCACACAAGUUGAGGAAGUAUGUUAUUUCAAGAAUCCCUGAUAUCAGCGGGACCUUCUCCUGUGCUUAUGCAGACUACCUAGCUAUGGUCAAGGUCGGAGAUGAUGUGAUGGACGAACUAUUGCGAACAGAUAAAGACGAUGAAUCGUACCAGGCACAGCCAAUGCUUCUCAACCUUCUCAAGGUGAAAAGUGAACUAGUCAGGGAUAAAGACACCAAUACAGACAUCAAUCUGGUACAGGUCAGUGAAUUAGCCUCCGAGAUGAAGAAAGGUGAGUACAGCACAAAAGAUACAAAGCAGCAAGUCUCAGAAGUAAAUGAAAUUAAUUCUGCCACAACUACACAGACAGUAACAAAACCAACGGAUGAGGAGACUGGCAAGGAAACAGAGGACCAGGGUGUCCAUGCCAGACCUGAGGCCAAGAAGGAUGAACAGUCUGAGCCAAAUACAACCAAAACCUCAGGAGACUCUGAAUCCCCUCCAAAUGCAUCCAUACUGCCAGUGAAACCUGAAACUCAAACUGAGCAAGCGAAACCUGAAACUCAAACUGAGCAAGCGAAACCUGAACCUCAAACUGAGCAAGCGAAACCUGAAACUCAAACUGAGCAAGCGAAACCUGAAACUCAAACUGAGCAAGCGAAACCUGAAACUCAAAAUGAGCCAAAGAAACCUGAAACUCAAACUGAGCAAGCGAAACCUGAAACUCAAAAUGAGCCAAAGAAACCUGAAACUCAAACUGAGCAAACGAAACCUGAAACGCAAACUGAGCAAGCGAAACCUGAAACUCAAAGUGAGCAAAAGAAACGUAAGACAGAAAUGACUGGAAACAACACAAAAACCUCAAAGUCUUGUCAGAUUUUGUGAAAAAUAUGUGAUAUCAAAAAUGCUACAAUGUCCAUAUGUUUAAAUGACCUCUAACUUUAGAUUACUGUAACUGUAUAAAAGGUGUAAUGUUUUUAUUACAAGUUACAGGUGUAAAUUUAUUUAUUUAUUUAUUGAUUUAUAAACAUAUAUACAGUAUAUCUCCCAGUAAAAUACUGUAAACCAAUUAAUUUUGCAAUUAUACUUUUUUCAUCACUGAAAUUAUUUUCAGACAAUUUUGUGGUGCCAUAUAUUUUUGUUCUCAGAACAUCAUGAAAAUAAAUCAUACGCAAAUAAUUUUUGUUGUAUAAUAUGUGAACAAAAAUACCAUUAGGUAUUCACAAUAAAAUUUUAUGAGGUUUUAAACAAUCAGUUUUUGCACAAUUACACAUUUGUGUAUUACAAUUGUAGUUAAAUGUGAAAUGUUUGAUGUGGUACUUUAGGUGAUUAUAAACUUCAUCCAUAUUAUCCUUCAAUUGAGAAAUGCUUAAUGCUUAAUGCUAGAUACUCAAUGCUUUAUGUAAAAUGAUUUAUGCUUUUAACAGUGAUUUUUCGAAUGUAUAUGAGUAUGUCUUUGAAUGAUGUAAUUCUCUUGCAGAUGGAGUUAAUUUGGACCAAUACUUUGUAUAUAAUGACAAAAAUGACACAAGUAUUUACAGUACUGUAUAUAUACAGGUAUUAUGGAACCUGUUAUGACUCUAACUCACGUUUCAAGAUGUUCUCUUGCCAAAAGAUUUUUUUUUUCUGUUUGUUUUUUUGGCAUCAAAAUUUAACUAACUUCCUUCUUGAAUCAUAUUGAAAAUGAAAACAUUCUGUUAUCCAAAUCCAUCUAUUUUAGAAUACAUUUUAGAUACUUUUUUAAAUAAAUACUGAAUCAACUGAUAAAACUACUAUACCUAUAAGUGUUUACAUCCCGGACAAUGGCUAGACUCCUUGAUUUACUAUCAGACGUUUUUUACAAGGUUUCAGUCAAUAGUUUCUUGCCAUGUAAACCUCUUACAUUGUAUCAUAAUUAUCAAUCUUUAAGACAUAGAUUUGAUAUUUUGAAUAUUAAGAUAUAUUGACAUAUUUUAGUCUCAACAUUUGUCAGUAUAAAACUGUAAAAUGACAUUAGACAAUCUACAGAGUAUAUGUACGAAGGUUUCUGUGUCCACAUGACUUGUUCUCAGGAGUUGUGUCCCAACAAGGUGUCCCCAUUAGUUGUACCACAUGUCUGAGUGGAGAUAUAUUUUCAUAUAUUUUAAUAUCAAAUUAGCUGUUGAUUUUCAUAUUUAGCUCACCUGCAUGAAGGGCAAGUGGGCUUAAAUUAUGCCAUGGUGUGGCGUCCAUUGUCCGUCAGGCCAUUCGUCUGUCUGUCUUGUGUCAAACUUUUUCUUUAUAACAACUUCUUUUCAAUAAUAUGAGGCACAGAGACCAGAGACCUGUAUCAUGCUGGGAUAAAGGGCUACCAAGUUUGUUCAAAUGAAUUAUCUUGUGAUCGACUUACAUUGAAGGUCAUAUGGAUCAAAUAUGCUAAAAUUUCUUCUCAAUAAAUAAUUUGCCCAAGGAGUUGAUAUUGAGUCUGUAGCAUGCUGGGGUGAAGGGCUACAAAGAUAGAUCAAUGAGUGACCUUUACCAUUAUUCAAGGUCACAGGGUUCAAAUAUGCUAUAAUCUUUAAGAAGCUUCUUCUCAAUAACCAAUAGACCCAGGGAGUUAGGCCUGUAGUUUACUGGGUUGAGGGGCUACCAAGUUUGUUCAAAUGAAUGACCUUGACCUACAUUCAAGGUAACAGGGUUCAGAUACACUUAAAUCUUUUAACAAUGAUUACUUGAUAGCCGGGAGACUCGGAGACCAGACAUUAGGCCAAUAGUAUGCUGUAAUAAAGGACUAGAAAAUGUAUUAACAGGAAUAAUGCUAGCUACUCUGAUGUUUGAAUAAAGUAAUAAUCAGCAUAGUAUCUGCAAAAAUAACCUAGAUUAACUUCAAAGCUGUAGAACUAGGUGAGCAAUACAAGCCAAUGGAUCUCUUGUUGUAAUUAUUCUAUUAAUUCUGUAACAAUCCCUCUGGUUGGUUCAAAAAAAUUUCACUACCAGCCACUUUGCUUAUAAAUAUGUUAUACAUGUGCUCUUGUGAUAUUAUACAUAUCAUUAUACAGACUGUUUUACUAAUUCAAAUGUUAUUCAUUAUAACUAUUUAAAAGUGCCAUGUUUAAUAUUUGAUGUAUAUAUACAUGUAUAUACAUAAUACCAAAUUUCACUAGUGAUGUUUCUGUGAUUGUGUUACAAAGUAAAUUCAUAAUAAAUGUAGAACAUUUGCAUUUGUAAUGAUAUAAUUUAUUGGUUAAACUACAUGCAAUUUAUAUGAUGAAUAUACAUUAUCAGAUUUAUUUAUACCGUCCUUAUAUAUCCUUUAGAAUACACUACAUGCAUGUAAUCAAUUCUGAACUUUCAACUAUUCAAACUUAAUUUUCUUUUGUCCGAUAAUUAUGUUUUAAGCGUAUAUUAUACAUGUAAUAAAAUACCACACCAGUUCAGCGGGCCGCAGUGGCCAAGUGGUUAAGGUGUCCCGACACUCUCACCAGCCCUCCACUUCUGGGUUGCGGAUUCGAAACCUACAUAGGGCAGUUGCCUGCUGGUACUGACAAUAUGUCGGUAGUUUUUCUCCCGAUACUGGCCUUCCUCCACCUCCAAAAACCAGGAACAUCUUUAAAUGACCCUGGCUGUUAUUAGGACGUUAAAUGAAACACACUAGUUAAUCUUUUUUCUACAAACAAGAUGCGACCUUAUCAUAGGGACUUUGCAUGAAUUCUCAAUUCAUAAUCCAUAUAUUAGUAAAUCUGUUUACCAACUUGCUAUGCAUGUACGGCAUACAGGUAUAUGGACCUCGAGUCUGUACAAGGUCCUGUGUGCCUGUACAAAGUGUACAAGGUGUUGGUGCCAGGCAGUCAUUGUUUGCUAAUUAUAAUUUGAGCAAUUAAGUUUUACUUGUACACAUUAUAUAGAGUAGGUGAUGUAUAGUGACCGGAUGUGGAUGUUAACUUGUACUUAAAACUGUUAAACAUGUGACUCACAACCUCGUCUACCUCACUGCCUCUUCUGACUUUAAAUACCAGAAGAAAUGCUGAAGCUUGUGUGUCCUUGUUUUUUUAUAUACAUGUAUACAUUAAGUGAUGACACAGGUAAAUUAGGUUUUAAAAUUUUAACUUAAGUAUCAAGCUUAGUUCCUGUGCCUUGAUUUUUGCACUUGUAUAUAGCUUUUUACGUAAUGGCACAGAUUACUUAGGUUAAAAACACUUUAACAUUGGAAUACAAUGUAUAAUAUGACCUGUGCCAGAUCAUGUCAUUAAUCUUUUCAGGUUAUUGAAUCAAAAAACAGAAUAUAUAUUAACUUUUUCUCUUAAAUAUCUAUGUAAAUUCUUGUACUAGAUUUGUUCAUAACUGUAUAUUUUUGUACUUAUUUUAUUCUCACACACUUCACAGAGGCAUUAUUUAAUUUGAAAAGUAAAAGAUAAAUUUCUUACCCAUCACCUGCUUACCAGAUAGGAAAUAACAGUUCCAAUGCACCCUUUUUCACAAUUUCACAAAAGGAGCUACAACUUAGAAUUUUUUUUUUUUUUUUUCAUUUCUACAAUAGGGAAGUGUGGUAGAAAAAUCAUCAGUGUGAUGUACAUGGAAACUUAUCUUACCUUGGACAGGUGUAUCCACUACAGAAUCCUGUAUCCAGAGUAUGACAAAGAAAUCUUGACUCUAGACUCCCGAUUGUCCAAAAGGGUUUUGUAUGAAGAUUCUGACCCAAGAAUUGAGAUUUUUUUGUUUUGUUUUGUUAAAUUCUUAUAUGUUAUGUAGAGAAUGAUUAUUUUUCUCCCAUCCAUCCUUCAAGGUCCUAUAUUAUUGCACAGAACGAUUUCCGUCAGUUGUAAAUGAAUAUAAAAAAGAUUGUGAUUGAGUAUCACCUUUCAAGCAGUCUUAUAACUUAUGCUUUAAAAAGGCACAAACAUAGCAUUAUGCAAAUUUUAUAUUUAACUUAGUACUUCCUGUUCAAAAGGUAAGCAAGUACAACAUGUUAACACACCAGUGAUUUUUGACCGCUAGUAUGAGAGGCAAAUCAAUUAUGGUGUAAGACCCUUCAACGUAUAUAGGAAAGGAUAAGUGGAUCUUCACUUCUUCCAGGCACUGAGGUAAUGUCAACAAUCGAAGACAAGAUUCCUAAUUGACAAACAUUCAAUAAGUAUUUCCCAUUAGGUUGUGAACCCCUCAUCUCAUCAACAACAGGUUUAAUUUCAUCUUAGAAGACUUCAAAACAUUAUCCUUAUGUUGAUGUUUCUGUGUCUACUUCACAAACGAGUAAAUACUAUUAAUCUUCAAAUAUGUUGUAUAAGUGCUAUGGCAACAGUCUGUGAUAGGAUGGUUUUUUAAAUGUAUUGUUCUAUAAUGUUCUGUAAUAAAAUCGUUAGUUUGGAA